UCCCUCCGCUCCGCAGCCGGGGCGGGGGGCUGGAAGCCGGGUCCGGCGCCCGGGGAGGCAGAGGCGGAGAGGCGGGCGAUGGGGGAGCAGCCGCGCCGGCCACUCUCCGGGCAUCGCUAGGGCGGCGAGGGGGCGGGAGGGGGCGAGCAAGAAGGACAGGGACAAGGACAAGGGAGGGCGUCCCGGGCCCCCGCCCCUCUCCGCCGCGCCGAGGAGGGAGGGCGGACCACGAUGGCCGGCUGGCGGGCGCUGCCCGCCCGCCCGCAUGGAGACCGCCGCCCGUAGCGGGGCUGCCGCGCCGCACCGCGGGUGAACACUAAAACGUAUUGGAGAUUGUUCUAAACUGAACCAAACAGAGCCUCAGCCUUCGGUAUAUGUCCUAAGAGAUCCAGAAAAUGUGCCAGCUCAACUGCUUCCAUGGAAUGCCAAACAAAUCAGAAAAGAGAGGCUUCACGGUAUCAAGAGGGAGUGGAUAUUAAAGUUUUGAACAGUGCCUCCUCAAGAAGUGUGACAAGAAAUGGCUUUAGGAAACAAUACCCAGAGAAGUUAUUCCAUCAUCCCUUGCUUCAUCUUUGUUGAGCUUGUCAUCAUGGCUGGGACUGUUCUGCUCGCCUACUACUUUGAGUGCACCGAUACUUUUCAGGUGCAUAUCCAAGGCUUCUUCUGUCAGGAUGGCAAUUUGAUGAAACCGUACCCUGGAACAGAGGAUGAGAGCUUCAUUUCACCUCUUGUGCUCUACUGUGUGCUGGCUUCAACUCCCACAGCUAUUAUUUUUAUUGGUGAGAUAUCCAUGUAUUUCAUAAAGUCAACCCGAGAAAGCCUAAUUAUUCAAGAGAAAACUAUUUUGACUGGAGAGUGCUGUUACCUGAACCCACUCCUUCGAAGAAUAAUACGUUUCAUAGGAGUGUUUGCGUUCGGACUUUUUGCCACUGACAUAUUUGUAAAUGCUGGCCAGGUUGUGACUGGGAACUUGGCUCCCUACUUUCUGACCGUAUGUAAACCCAACUACACUGGAAAUGACUGUCGGGCCCACCACCAGUUCAUAAACAAUGGCAACAUUUGCACUGGAGAUGUGGAGGUGAUUGAAAAGGCGAGGAGAUCCUUUCCAUCCAAACAUGCUGCUUUGAGCAUCUACUCAGCUUUAUAUGCCACGAUGUACAUCACAAGCACAAUUAAAACAAAGAGUAGCAGGCUAGCCAAACCUGUGCUGUGUCUGGGUACCCUAUGUGCUGCAUUCCUCACUGGGCUAAAUCGAGUUUCUGAGUAUCGAAACCACUGUUCAGACGUGAUUGCAGGCUUUAUCUUGGGCAGUGCUGUAGCUUUGUUUCUGGGGAUAUGUGUUGUCCAUAACUUUAAAGGAACUCAUGGAGCUCCUUCUAAACCGAAGCCUGAAGACCCACGAGGAAUGCCAUUAAUGGCUUUUCCAAGAGUGGAAAGUCCUCUGGAGACACUGAGUGCGCAGAAUCACUCUGCCUCUAUGACUGAAGUAACCUGAGAUGGAAGAUGCCAACUGAAGCUAUUUUUUAUUACCUUCCAGUACAAUACUCCAAGACACACAGUUACUAAAUGUCUAACUGUGAUGACCAGUAUUAUGUUAUGUCUAGUUAGAGGCUAAUGUUUUGUACUUUUUUUGUAUGAGAAAGUGAUGUAGCUUGCCCUGAUUUUUUGUCAGCUUUAAUAUUAUUAUGCCAGAAUUUAAAAGCAAAAUGGAAAAAGAACAAAAAAACCUUUUCUUGUUUAAAGUGUGCACUGAGGAAUUACAUCUAUGGAAUUGUU